GAAUUAAAACCUCCUCUUUCUCUCUCCCUUUUUUUGUUUAGUCAGGAAAUUAUUUGCAUGCGAUCCACAAGAGUAUAGAAGCUGAGCCUCGGAGAUGUCUGUGUAGCCCUUUUCUGAUGAUGUGUUGGAAGAAACAAAACUGCUUUUAAAGGAUGGCCAUUCGAGAGCUGAAAGUUUGCCUGCUUGGGGACACAGGAGUUGGAAAAUCAAGUAUAGUUUGUCGAUUUGUCCAAGACCACUUUGAUCACAAUAUCAGUCCGACCAUUGGAGCAUCAUUUAUGACUAAAACUGUGCCUUGUGGUAAUGAAUUACAUAAAUUUCUCAUCUGGGAUACUGCUGGUCAGGAACGUUUCCACUCAUUGGCACCAAUGUACUACAGGGGAUCAGCGGCUGCGGUCAUUGUAUAUGACAUUACAAAGCAGGAUUCAUUCCAUACGUUGAAGAAAUGGGUGAAGGAGUUAAAAGAACAUGGACCUGAAAACAUUGUUAUGGCCAUCGCUGGAAACAAAUGUGACCUCUCUGAUAUAAGAGAGGUGACUAUGAAAGAUUCAAAGGAAUAUGCAGACGCCAUUGGGGCAAUUGUAGUUGAGACGAGUGCAAAGAAUGCCAUUAAUAUUGAGGAACUUUUCCAGGACAUAAGUCGAAGAAUCCCUCCACUUGAUCCUCAUGAGAACGGUGCCAAUGGUGCAAUGAAACUUGGAAGACCAUCUUUACAGUCACCAAAUAGGUGCUGCUAAUCUGACCAAUAUCACAAUAAUUUAAAGAUGGAAUGAACUAAAUUAGACCAACGAGAAAAUUCUCAGUGUUGAAGAUUACAUCCCAUAAAAAUGUAACCACCAUGUCGCAAUAUGUAAAUGAAGUACGCAGAAAGGCACUAAAGCCUAACUGCAUUAUUAGAAUUAUAUGUUUACAGACAAUUUUAGUUACAUUCUGAAUCACACAACAGAAAGAUAUUGCACAUUAUUGCACACUAUAUACAUUUGCUAUCAUCUCUAUUACGAGCCCUGUUUAGUGCUUUUCCUAUUUUGUUC